CAAGCUGAUCAUAUAUUUUUAUAGUAAAUAAGAAAGCGACAUGUCUCCCAUUAGAGAGCUGAGCGAGAAGCUACGGAAGGUUUAUAGCAGCUACACCGACUAUGUGAAGAAGAACCCUGCAGCCACAGCUCAGCUGGAGAGCACAGUCAGGACUCUGUCUUACCUCAUAGCAGGGCGUUUUGCUGAAUCUCAUGAAAUAUCUGAACUGGUAUACUCUGCCUCCAACCUGCUGGUGCUGUUUAAUGACAGUAUUCUGCGUAAAGGGCUGAGAUGUGCUCUGCAUGUGUCUGUCUCCCAGCAGAGGCUCCUCACAUGGCUCUCUGUUCUGGAGUACGUGGAGGUGUUUCUGGAGAUGGGAUCCUGCAAGCUGUGGGGAGACACCGGCCGCUGGAUGGUCAUAGGACUCAUCCAGAUCUUCAAGGCCAUUUUCCGCAUCGUGCUUCUUCUGUGGUACAAAUCUGGCAUCCAGACUUCACCUCCCAUAAUCCCGCUGGACAGAGGAGCAGACUUCAGCGGGGAAGAUGAAGACGAGACGGAGCAAGAUGAAAGCUGCUUUGUGGGUCAGAGGUCAGGACGAGUCAUCAGGCAGCUCGGCAGCACUCCCUCCCUGCAGUCCCGGCUGUGGGGAGCACCAAGUCAGAGGAAGACGAGGAGCAGCUUAAAGGAGGAGCGGCUCCACAGCAAACCGACUCACCUCGGCCUCCAGGAAACCAUCGCAGAGUCCAUCAACAUCGGACGGCCGCUCGUUCACUUACUCUGUCUCGGACUGUGUGGGAAACAGUCCUGGAAGCCGUGGCUCGUCUCCGGAGUCCUCGAACUCUCCAGCUUCGCCGUGCUCAGCGAUAAAAAGUUCGGCAACCGAUGGGAGCGGACGGAGAUGAGGAGGAGGACGUUCCUUCUGCUGUACUACCUCCUCCGCUCACCUUUCUACGACAAAUACUCCGAGGAAAAGAUUCUCUUCCUGCUCCGACUUCUGGCCGAUCACGUUCCAGGAGUCGGCCUCGUUGCUCGUCCUCUGAUGGAUUAUCUUCCCUCCUGGCAGAAGAUCUAUUUCUAUAACUGGGGAUAAAACCAACCAGCAGCUUCGGAGCUUCGGAUCUUCGAUGGAUCUUUGGAUGAUUGCAGGUGGACAGGAAGAGGAAGUGACUGCAGGACCAGAGGACAAGAGACACUUCGCCUUAUCCCCCCCCCCCCCCCCCAACGGAUCAAAUCAACAGGAAGUGGAGAGCGAACUUCCUCUACUAAUAGAAACUGAUACAGAAAUGAUUUUUUGGGGAUUCUUAAACCAAUCACGUGAUUUAUGUUUUUCUUUCUCUUGUAGUUUUUCUCUUUAACUUUUUUUUUUCUGAUUUCUCUCCGU